UUCUCUCUCUCUCGCUCUCGCGCGCGAUGGAGUCUCUCUUCAUCUCAACCCCUUCUCAAACCCUAGACCUCUUCUCCUCCUUCUCCACAAGGUCGACGAUCAUCUCCAUCAAUCCAUCUCCAAGAUCACUACAAUGGAAGCUCCAUCCUCCAAUUCGAUCCCCAUCUCCUCGCCCUCUCCUCUGCCUCGACGAUCGCUCCUCCAACAACGCCCCCGAACCCACACUCGCCGCCGAUGCCGCUACAGCAAUGGCUGCCACCUCCGUUGUCUCUUCGUGGAGCCCUCCACGGCCUCUAUGGCGUGCCCUCUCCGUCCCCAUCCUCGCCGGCCAGGUCUUCCACCGCGCCAUCAUCUCCCACAAGGUCCAUUGGCGCAACACACUCCAGCAGCUCGAGCGCGCUGGCCCUCGCUCCCUCGGUGUUUCCCUCCUCACCGCCGCCUUCGUCGGCAUGGCCUUCACCAUCCAGUUCGUUCGCGAGUUCACUCGUCUCGGUCUUCACCGCUCUGUUGGCGGCGUCUUGGCCCUUGCCUUCUCCCGUGAGCUCAGCCCCGUUGUCACCGCCGUCGUUGCUGCUGGUCGCAUCGGAUCCGCCUUCGCUGCUGAGCUCGGCACCAUGCAGGUCUCUGAGCAGACUGAUACUCUCCGCGUCCUCGGCGCCAAUCCCGUUGACUACCUCGUCACUCCUCGCGUCAUCGCCUGCUGCGCCGCUCUUCCUGUUCUCACUCUCAUGUGCUUCGCCGUCGGCCUCGCUUCUAGCGCCCUCCUGGCGGACGCCGUCUACGGCGUCAGCAUCAACAUCAUACUCGAUUCCGCGAGGAAAGCGCUGAGGCCGUGGGAUCUGAUAAGCGCGAUGAUCAAGGCCAAUGUCUUUGGGGGGAUCAUCGCCGUGGUGAGCUGCGCGUGGGGUGUCACGACCCUCGGCGGCGCCAAGGGCGUGGGGGAGUCGACCACGUCGGCUGUUGUGAUUUCCCUUGUGAGCAUCUUUAUGGCUGAUUUUGCACUCUCGUAUUGCUUCUUCCAGGGCGCUGGUGAUUCUCUCAAGUCUGCCAUGGGUUAGGAUUCUUCUGAAAGACUCCUGUUUGUACAUUGAAAAAAGCUGUUGAUUUUUAAAGAACCAUUUGGAGGUAUCCUUCGGCUAUGAUGCGACUUCUUGGUAUGCCAACUAGAUGAGUUCUUCUAUUAUUAGCAGAUCCCAGAUUUAUUCUCAAUUUAUCGUGCUAGGUUUUCCUUGCCUAUGUACUUUAGUUAGUCCUUCAAGGGCAUUUGAGGAGCUUGGCGAUGAAACCAAACCUGGUCAAUGAAAUUUGAAAUGUACACCCAAAGGUCUUCCUCAGAACUUUGGUGUAAAAGCAUUAAUGCACUUGAUCACUAAUGAGCCAUUAGCUUACCUACCUAGAGUUUACCUUUGAAAGGAUUGAAUUUUGGAAUUAAGCUUGUAAGUGUAAGGCUUGAAUGUGUUUGGUUGUGUAGGAAUUAAAUAUUGUUGGGAAGGUCAUUAAGGUUACUGCCAAAAAAAAAUAAAAGAAAAAAUUAAAUAAAGGAAAAGAAAGAAAUAGUUCUUUGAGACCUCAACCACCUGGGAGUUUAGUGGACCUGUCACAUUUACAAGUGAAAGCCAUCGUGAUAAAAGCCUUGGGUUGGUUGGGUAUAAACUUCUACAGUAUCAAUGAUGGCAUAAUUAUCUUUGCAAAACAUUUGUGUGUGUGUGUGUGCGUGCCCCUCUCUGACUAACUUGGUCAUUGAACUAUAACUUCUAAGAGUGACUAUCGAAGUUACAUUAGAAUUCUUACAUGCUAGAAGGGUAGAAUGGUUUUUUUUCUUCACUAGUGAAGAAUGUUGCCUUGGUUUCUCAGUGUCAGCUAUUUUUGAAAGUUUCUUGUUUUGGAGAACAAUAUAUAUGUUCUGUUUGUCUAAACUAUUUGUAUUUCAGUAGUUUGCAAGGUUAAAGGCGUCUUAAUCUUAUAUUUGUCUUGCCUGUGAAUAGGCUUUGAGAAAAUCCCUAAAAUAUUUGUGCUUGGUACAGUGAGGUUAACAAAGCUUUUUAUUCUCCAUUGAAAGAUUCAGCUCAGCAUGA